AUGGUGGAAGACAGUACUUGGUGCAGGGUGUGUAUGCGUACCACCACUACAUGCAAGACCGAAUAGAUGACAACCACUGGGGCUGUGCGUAUAGGUCUCUGCAGACCAUUAUUUCCUGGUUCCGCCACCAGGGCUACACUAACAGAAGCAUUCCAACGCACAGAGAAAUCCAAGAGGCUCUAGUGGAAAUUGGAGAUAAGCCUAAAACAUUUAUUGACUCCAGGCAAUGGAUUGGCUCCAGUGAAGUGAGCUUUGUCUUAGAUCAUCUGUUGCAGGUCACGUCCAAGCUGUUGUUUGUGAAUGCAGGGUCAGAGAUGGGCACCAAAGCUAGAGAGCUUGCUGUUCAUUUCCAGGUGCAUGGCACACCCAUCAUGAUCGGUGGUGGUGUGUUGGCACAUACAAUUCUUGGUGUGGAUUGGAAUGAGGUAACAGGAGAUGUUAAAUUCCUCAUUCUUGAUCCACACUACACUGGAGGAGAGGACCUUAAAGUCAUUCAGACCAAGGGCUGGUGCGGAUGGAAAAGUGUAAAUUUCUGGGACCAGAAUGCAUAUUACAACAUGUGCAUGCCACAGCGGCCAAGAGUACUUUGAUAUUUUUGCUAUGUGAUGUUAAAACAGAGAUCAAGAAUGUUCAGUUACACUGCCAUGUCUAGCUUCAGUAAACACUUGAACAUAGCAUAUGAUGAUACAUAAGCUAUCUUCUUCUUUAUCCUUUAAUGAGCAGUGUAACUCUGGUAUAUAAUCCCCAUUGUAUCGCAUUGUUUUAACCCUUUCUUUUGCUUAGAGAUAACGCAACUCCUGUUUUUUUUCACAAUUUUCAGUUAAAUUGAAUUUUGUUUAACUGGCAUAUCAAUUUUUGCUGUGCAGUAAUAAUAACAAGUUAUUUUUAAAUCAUCAAUAUGUUAUUUGUAACAGUAGUGCUUGUACUGCCCCUCAGUGAUGAUCUAAGAUGCACUGGACUAACAUGGUACAUACACUAAACAUUUUGCCAUGCCCGUUUAUAUAUCACUAGUAUUAAACUUUGGAAAUAGUUUGUAAUACAAUUAAUGCCCAAUUUAACUGCAUCUAAUAGUAAAAUCUCUAAGGUUGCCAUCGAGUAGUUAUCGAUAUUCUUCAAUCUUCAUGCAUCUUACCAGUGCUAUCUUAAAAAGGUAUUGUAAAUCAACUCAAUUUUUAUUGAAAUUAAUGCAGAAAUCUGGGCAAGUGCUAACCUUUAUAUGGCUUACUAUAUAUGUACAGAGUCUGUGGGACAUAAAAACCACUUCAGUGAAUUUGUGUAAAGUAAACAGCUUCAUUAUAAAAAUUCAAGGGUUUUAUUUCAAAUGAUUAUCACUCACAACCCACAAUAGUUUUUUUUUAUUCACUUGCGAUUAUGUGGUACUAAAAUGUUUAAUUAGGUCAUGGCUUUGAUAUGGUUGCGAUGGGUUUAUUUCUUAUGUGUACAUGUGUAACUAUCAUUGUGUAUGGGUGAUAUUUAAUAUUAAAUAUUAAUUUAAAUAAAACUAUUUUCCUACCAAAUGUGUAGGUUUAUAAAGGUAGCAUCGUA